GAUAAACGGAAGUAGAUGUCGCUCAUCAUACAAUGACGUUAGAUUGCAGAAAGAUGGAGAUAAAACAAAAUAGACAACAUUGACUGAUAAAAGCUGAUAACUAUGACAGAUAACAUCGAGUUUGGUCCAUUGGAGUCGGCAGAUCUCUCGCCAACAGAUGAGCUGGCCACCUUGAAGCAGCGACUGGCAGACCUGGAGGAGAGGGAACAGACGCUGGCCCGCGAGAAGCUUGAGGCAGAGAGUGAGUUUGGAAUAAAGAGAGCAAAGUUCAAAGAGCUUUUCUUGCAGAAAGAAGAUGAGCUGAAGAAGGAGAAGGAGACGCGGGCGGAGUGGCAGGACAAGAUCAGCCAGUUGGAGGAAGAGCUCGGGCGAGUCAGGGCGGAGCUAGAGGGGGUCAAGACAGCAGCUGCGGUCACUGAGACGUCCCGCUGUGAGGAGCUCACUGAGAUCCGGCGCCUACACCAGCAGGAAGUCGACAGUCUCCAGCAUAUUAUGAGUGAAGCAGCAGAUGAGGCUUCCAACUCCACAGCAGCUCAGUACGAAUGCGAGAGAACCAAACUGUCCAAUCUCACCGUUAAGUACGAGGAAGAAAUUCAAUCAUUGCGAAGCAAACUCAGUCAGGAAAGGGAAGGUUUUCUCGCCAAUGUUGCCAAGUCUUUGAAGCGAGUAGGAGGGAUUGGCCCCAACCUGACUCCUGAACAGGAGAACUUAGAGGACAGCAUGAGGAAGGCCCAGGAAGACGCGGAGAUGCUCAAGUCCGUGGUGAUGCCACUUGAGGAGGAGAUUUCUAUGCUGAAGGAAAAACUGAAGCUCGCAGAACAGAAGAUAUCUGUGAAUGAGUGUCUGUUGGGUGAUGAGGCGAAGAAAUCUCCAUCUCUACCAGAUCUGGAUGAUUUAAAGGACCCUGAUGAAAAGAUUGCCAAGCUGAUGAAGUACUUGAAGGGAGAGAAGGCUGCAAGGACGGACCUGGAGAUGUAUGUGGCAGUCCUCACCACGCAGAAGAAUGUCCUGUGUGAGGACAUGGACCGGGUCCAGAAGGAGAUGAAUGAGGUAUGUUCGCUGCUGGAGGACGAGAAACAAAACCAUGAGGCACUGAAACAGACAUGGCAGAUGGCCAAUGACCAGUUCUUGGAGUCACAGCGACUCAUGAUGAUGGACAUGCGACGCAUGGAGACUGUCCUCACCUCUGAGCAGCAGAGGCAGAUAGCAGAGCUCCAACAGAAAGAUUUGGAGCGGGAGGCACAAGAGAAGAAAGUGAAAGAUUUGGAGGAAGCCAGGGAAAAGCAGGAGAAGGAGCUGGCUGAGAGAAGGAAACACAGUGUAUCAAGGAUGGAACAAGCUGCUGCCUCUGCUGCUUUAAGUGAGGAUGAAACCAAAGAGAAACUAAAGAGACGUCCCAAUGUAUUGGACAAGUCUCAAAGCCGGUCAAAUGCAUCACUAAUUUCCAACACAUCAGAAGAACUCAUUCCAUUUGAUGUGUCAGCAGACGAUGAAAUCCGCAAAUCACUUUCUAGUCCGGACAUCAACUUUGAUGACAAGUUCCUUGACAGCGGUGUCCAUGACAGCCUCAGUGAGGUGGACGGCAUGACCAUCAGAAUUAGUCCUGAUAAAGUCUUGAAUCUCCCUUCGCUUACAGAGGCUCAGAUGAAAUCAAUUACUGAUCCCACCCCUGACUCGGAAGCCAGACGUAUCUUGUUGGCAAGUGCCAAGAUGAAGACUGAAGGAUUGUCACUGGAAGGGAAGCGGCUCGUUAGUGAAAAGGAGUGGAAACUAAUACAAGAUGAGGUGAAGUCUGCACGUGAGAAGCUGGGUCGACCCUGUGAUAUGUGUACCAACUAUGAGACGCAGCUGCAGACAGUGCAGGAGGAAUUGAAGGCCGCUACCACAGAGGCCGCACGGCUGGACCGCCAGCUGAACAGUGAGAAGCAGGCCCUUACCAACAUUACCAAAUACCAGACCGAGCUGGAGGAGGCUUUGAAGGAAUCAUCAGAGGAGGCCGAGAAACAGAUUUCCAGUUUAAACAACAAGCUGCAGGACUGUGAGAAGUACCUGAAGGAAUGCAAGCAACAGUUCAUCCAGUCACAGCUACAGCUACAGGACCAGUUGAAAUCACUCACAGAGUCAAGGGAGGAAAUCCAGAAAGAGAUAAAGCUUAUUCAAGAAGAAAAUGAUAGCCUGGUUGGGAAACAUUCAAAAACUGCCCAGCAGCUGCAGAACGAGGACAUCAACCUGCCGAACAACAUGGAGGAGAUGCAGCUGUUGCUGCUGAAGUACCGGGAGGAGAUCAUCGCGGCCAAGGUGGCAAAGGAGCACACCGAGGAGACGCUGAGGAGUGAGAUCAUGUUCCUCAAGGACCAGGUGGUGUCAGAGCAGCAGGAGAAGAACACCAUUGAGGAGACACUCAGCCAGGAACUCAGCACCCUGCAGGAGAAACUAGUAUGUCAUGAGAGUGUGCAGUCCGAAUUGGAGAGAGAGUCUUCAGUGCGGGCGGAGUCUGAGACCAAACUCCGUGAGACGGAACAGUCACUGAAGAGCGUGCAGGCCAAGUCCAGGCAACUCAUCAAUGCACUACAGCAACGUGUGGAGGAGCAUGAGCGCUCUAAGGUGAAGCUGGAGGAUGACCUGCACAGCUUGAAAGGAAAGGUCCAGUCUCUGCAGGUCGACCUAGACAACAGUGAAGCAGUGCAGAGAGACUUUGUCAAACUCUCACAGUCUUUGCAGAUUCAGCUGGAGAAGAUUCGGCAGGCAGAGAAUGAAGUGAGGUGGCAACAUGAAGAAGAUGUGGAAGAUUGCAAUAACUGUAAACAAAAUUUCAGUGUCACUCGCAGGAAGCAUCACUGUCGGCACUGUGGAAAGAUAUUUUGUAACGAGUGUACAUCCAAGACAGUGCACAGCGGGCCCAACUUCAAACCUUCCAAAGUAUGUGAUGUCUGUCAUACAAUACUGGUGAAAGAUGCCACACCCUACUUCAGUACAGAACCCCCGGCGACACCCGACUAGGGACAUGUUUUAGCCUGUCUUACUUGAUGUGGAGAAGACCAUUGCUCUAUCAGAGUCACAACUGUACCAUUACAUUGUCUUACAGGAUAGGGGCCACUGGUGGCCCAGUCACCUAAGGCACCACAUUGGCCAUGCAGAGUUGCCUUCCUUAGCCAUGCUAGAAUGUGAUCAUUGUGGGUUAGAAUGCCAGAUUUGCCCAGAUUAUGAUUCUUGUCAGCACUAUGCCUGUGCAGGUGGGUUUCUCCAAAGUGAUAAACUUCUAAGAUUUGAAUCACUUUGGACUUGCCUACCACAUCAAGCUGUUACUCAGAGCAGUCUUAUACCAAACUCAUGCACUCACUCCUACGGGAUAGGAUGCACAGGGAUACACAGGGAUAUACCUUACCCCAAGAAUCUAGCAGACUUUGGAUUCAGCAGCUGACAUGGAUACCCUUACCCCAAUAAUCUAGCAGACUUUGGGGCCGCUGCUGAGACAGGGAUAGACCUUACCCCCAAUAAUCUAGCAGACUUUGGGGUUGGAGGCCGAGACAGCCACAGACGUUCCCCCGAGAAUCUAGUUCACUUUGGGGUCAGUGGCUGAGACAGGGAUAGGCCUUACCCCAAUAAUCUAGCAGACUUUGGGGUUGGAGGCCGAGACAGCCACAGACGUUCCCCCGAGAAUCUAGUACACUUUGGGGUCGGGGGCUGAGACAGCCACAGACGUUCCCCCAAGAAUCUAGUACACUUUGGGGUCAGGGGCUGAGACAGCCACAGAUGUUCCCCGAGAAUCUAGUACACUUUGGGGUCGGGGGCUGAGACAGCCACAGACGUUCCCCCAAGAAUCUAGUACACUUUGGGGUCGGGGGCUGAGACUGCCACAGAUGUUCCCCAAGAAUCUAGUACACUUUGGGGUCGGGGGCUGAGACUGCCACAGACCUUCCCCCGAGAAUCUAGUACACUUUGGGGUCGGGGGCUGAGACAGCCACAGACGUUCCCCCGAGAAUCUAGUACACUUUGGGGUCGGGGGCUGAGACAGCCACAGACGUUCCCCCGAGAAUCUAGUACACUUUGGGGUCGGGGGCUGAGACAGCCACAGACGUUCCCCCGAGAAUCUAGUACACUUUGGGGUCGGGGGCUGAGACAGGGAUAGGCCUUACCCCAAUAAUCUAGUACACUUUGGGGUCGGGGGCUGAGACAGCCACAGACGUUCCCCCGAGAAUCUAGUACACUUUGGGGUCAGGGGCUGAGACAGCCACAGGCCUUCCCUCGAGAAUCUAGUACACUUUGGGGUCAGGGGCUGAGACUGCCACAGACCUUCCUCCGAGAAUCUAGUACACUUUGGGGUCGGGGGCUGAAAUAGGGCAUUUGUCUUCUGGAAGCAGAGGGGCAUUAUCAGGAGCAGUCUCAGUGUAAUAGACAUCUUUGGCGAGAAUGUCUUUUUUGAAUAUUUUGACAUGUUUCCACUGUUUGAGCUAGUGGUUAUCCAUUGGAGUUUUUGUUACUUUUGAGUGUAGGACAGUGGUACACCUUGCCAAAGACCCAAGUUCUAUUCUUUGAGUACUUAUGCUUGAAGACUGUUGUCUGCAGUUCCAUCUUAGUAAGUAAAGCCUCUAAUAAUGAAAGAUAUGAUCUGACAUAACAGAAGUCGAAUGUCUGUAAGCUGUGUGUCUAGCAGACCUACCCCGAAUAUGGUGACCAGACCCCCUCCUGUGUCUGCAACAAGCAUAAGAUCGGACAUUGUGUAGCUAGUGCCUCCUAGUAGCAGUGUGUGUAUGAAUAUGUGUUUACAGGCAGGCUGUACAAUAUGUGAAGCAUUCUUAAGGGUGAAAUCUUGCUGGCCAAGAUGGUAGGACCUUAAAUGGCAAAUAACAUUUUCAUGAUUUGUCUAUAACUGGCAUGUGCUUAACAAGUUAUGAAGAACAGUUAUGCCAGCUCUGUGCAAGUGGGUCCCCAGUACCCCCCUUGUCCUGUGAUCUGACAACAUGGCAAGCACUGACUGGAUUGUGCUCAUGCUAUCAACUGCUGGUUUGUCUGGUCCAGACUUGAUGACAAAGUCCAAGGUGAUAUAGCUGUAAUACAUGCCGACUUCACAUGCAUCAACACUGGUGGACUCUCUACCAGCUCCUACAGUAAUGGCUCGCAACUUGGUCCAGUCUCAGAACCAGCUCUCUGUGUUGGUCAGUUCAAGAAAAUGUUAUACUGACCCUGAUAUGACCUUGUACUCUCCACCUACUGUGAUCUGUUAUUUGUGUAUAUUUGUGUAAAUAGCCCUCGCUCCUGUACAUGCUCUGUGGACUUUUGUAUAUGGUCAGCUGUUGUUGUGAUCGAGAACCACGCUUGCCGUUCAGUCAAUGUAACCAUCAAGUCAUUGUCAGUACUUCAUGAGUUUGUGCAAUCCUCCAUCACCCUUGAACAUGUUCCACCAAUAAACCAAGCCACCGCCUGCUUCCAGCAACAUGGAGAUCAGCUAAGAUACUAAGACCAGAGAACUCUUCAAUAUCAAAGCUUCACGCAAAAUUCCAUGAGGGCUCAUUUGACUUCCUGGUGAGUUGUACACUGACCUGAAGUAGACAUGCAUCACUAGGACACUGCGCAUCUGUAUUCAGACCUGAUGGAGGACUGUGAUGUUUGUAAACCUGUAUUGAUCAUGCAUCCAAGACAGAGGAAAUGUUUCUUAGAUAUCACGCUUUUAGUCCAUAAUGGCACAUAGCGUCUUCACCUGUCAAACAUUUCAGUGAUUAUUUGUGCUUCGAAUAUUAAAGUUGUUUGAUCAGAUUUUGAAAAUGUGAUACACGUGUUAAGUUGUAUCUGAGUGAAGACAGUAAGUCAUAAUGUAGACUUGUAACAUAGAGUUUCUUGUAGAGUAGUAGAGGUCACUCAUUCAUCGUAGUUUGGGCGGUUUUCAUAACUUGAUUUAUGGAUUGGUUUCUGAUCUAAAAUAUGAAAUAGAUACCAAGUGAGUUACCUCCCUUGCUAUGUCACGAUUUUGAAGUUUAUUCACUUACUAAAGUUUGUUAUCAGAGUAGGAAGAAAAAUGUCUGUUCUUAAAUCUUUAUUCCACAUAUGUGAAACUGUGAGGUCAGCAGAUCCACAAACCAAGCAACUAGAAAACCUGCCGUAGUUACAUUGGUGCAAUUUGAUUUUGUUGAUUUUGAAGUUUGGUGCUUAACAUACCCUACUGUGACCAGAUGCUGUAAGUAUUGUCUACUAUCUCAUCAGUGGCUAAUCACAUUGUGCUCUGUAUACAUUUGGUGAUAUUCUUGAAUAUUGUAUCAGAGUUUAGUAAAUUAGACAGCACAUGCUCAUCAACACAAUGUUCAUCUUAGCUCAGAAGUGAUUCUUUAUUACAUGUCCAAACAGAACGGAAGGUUUGUGUGAGGUUGUGGCUGUCUGCCUGUCGACUGUCAACAGUCAUUUUAAACAUUUUGACAUCCAUGAAGAAUGCUGAAGGGAUCAAACUGUGAUUGGAAAAUAAUUGAUCAAAGAAAUGGUGUGAUGAAAGUUUAUAUUACAAGUUUCACUUUAAUCCUGAUCGAUGUAGCGGCCAUAUUGAAAAUGCUAUGAUUUACUUUGAUCACUGAUGUAUUGAUUGAUUAUUCAUUGGUUGAAGUUUGAUUUUUAUUCCUUUUAUAUGUGUUCAGUAUUAUUAGAGAGAAUUCCCCCAAUUACUUGUUCAUAACUUCAUAACUUUUUUCUAAGCCAAGGAUUAUGUAGCCUUAAUGUGUAAUGACAUCAAUGUAGAACUUCCCAAAAUCUUGUGUGACUGGAUUUAGGCUUUGCAGAUUGUGUUCCCCUAGCCAUACCAGGAGCCACUAAAGAUGGGUUUAGUUUAAUCGUGAAUGUGAACCUUCCACUUGUGCGUCAGUGUCCAUGAUUGUGGUUUUCACCAGCGUUGUCAGCAUCUGCAAAUUGCAUAACAUUUGAAAAUCCGGGUUACAAAUAGUCUUCAGCAACCCAUGCUUGCCGUAAAAGGCAUCAAUCAGGAUCAGGUGGUCAGACACACUGACCUGGUUGAUGCAUGUCAUCGUAUCCCAAUUUGCGUAGAUUGAUGCUCAUGAUGUCAAUCAUGGGAAUGUCUGGUCCAGACUUAAUUAUUUACAGACCGCCGUCAUAUAGCUGGAAUAUUGCUGAGUGCGGCAUUAAACAACAAACACACAAACAAAAGCCUAUCAUUUGACUUUCUUUCCUCACUAAGCUGAGAUGUAAUACAACUUUUGAAGCACUGUAAAGCCAAACACACUCUCUCCCUCACUUCAUAGGACAUUUCUUCCUAAUAUGGUCCAUAAAGCCAUGAUAAGUUACGUAGUUGAUUGUAAAUUAUUACUUGAUGGCCAGGACUGACAACUACAUGAUUUCAUCAUUUGCAGGUUGAUUUAGACUACUUUUGUAAAGGGAGACUUCCCUAGGCUGAUUAUUGUCCUUUGAGUAAAGGCUUUUCUGCAGCUAGUUUAACCCUAUUUGUUAUGAUAAGAUGAAUCUGAAGUCAACAAGUUAUGAUGUAAUGUCUUGUUUCAAAGGUAGCUUUAUGUGUUACGACUGACGCAUGUUUUUCACAGUUUCUGAUUAGAGUGGUUAGUUUCUUCAUCAUUUAUUUCUUUUUAAUAUUUUACAAAUAUUUGUUAACAGGAAAAAUGAAACAUGAAAACAUAUGGUCAGGGUUGAUUUGGGGUAAAUUUCCUGAAUAAAAUAAUGAAACAGUGAAAUUAUUAAAGAAGCUUAUUUUGCAGUGAAACAGUAUUUCUAAAUGUAUCUGGUGGUACAUUGGUCAUUUUUACAGGGGUAGGGGUUCCAGAGGUGUUUGAUGCACUACUGUACUGAGAAUAACGACCCUCGCCUAAUGCUUGUCAUUUGUUCUAUUGUUGGAAGCCCUUCCCAUGUCAUUGUACAUUUUAUUUCAUGACCUUCCCUGAAUAGACAAAAUGCAAAGUACUUAAAUUACAAUAUGUUUUAUUCAUGCAAUGUUCAUUUUUUGAUGACCCUCCACAAAUAUGUGUACUAUUUUUUGUGACCCUCCCCAGAUUCCCUCUGACCCACCAACCCCAGUAGUAAAUGGCCCUCAGUAGAGAAAAGAACACUUUUUUAUCUGGCUCAAACAUAUUGACCCAUCUAUUUUCCAUUUGUAAUGACUGUAACUGGUAGUGUGUUAAACAGAAUAAGUAUCAGCAAUGUGUUUACAGGUGCACAAACCAUCACCUAUUCUUCAAGGUACAGGCAUUUUUAUGUCGAAUCUUCUUUCCAGAACUUUAUGGUUUAUGCGUGGCAGGGCUGUAGGGUGGUGAAGUUAAAAAGAAUGUUAUGAACAAUAAUGUGUUUUACAUCUAUGUAUAUUUUGGGUUUGUAAGUGUUUUCAGUUCUGUUUUUACCAACUACCCAAUCAGGUUGUAAAUGUCUGAAGUGGGUCGGCAGUGAAUGGGGGAUGUAUGAGUAGCUUCAGUAUUAUUUAUUUCUGUACAUACUAGAUAGACUUCAACCUUCUCAUUGAUGUAUACAAGAAUAUGCUCCUUUUGUACAAUACUUUGGACAGAAUUUGAUAUAUGUAUGGGAACUACGUAACUAUGCUUAUACACCUGGCAUGUAGAUGUCUUCACACCUGGCCUGUGGAUGUCUUCACACCUGGCCUGUGGAUGUCUUCACACCUGGCCUGUGGAUGUCUUCACACCUAGCCUGUGGAUGUCUUCACACCUGGCCUGUGGAUGUCUUCACACCUAGCCUGUGGAUGUCUUCACACCUGGCCUGUGGAUGUCUUCACUCCUGGCCUGUGGAUGUCUUCACACCUAGCCUGUGGAUGUCUUCACACCUGGCAUGUGGAUGUCUUCACACCCGGCAAGCAGAUGUCUUCACACCUAGCCUGUGGAUGUCUUCACACCUUGCCUGUGGAUGACUUCACACCUGGCCUGUGGAUGUCUUCACACCUGGCCUGUGCAUGUCUUCACACCUGGCCUGUGGAUGUCUUCACACCUGGCAAGCAGAUGUCUUCACACCUAGCCUGUGGAUGUCUUCACACCUUGCCUGUGGAUGUCUUCACACCUGGCCUGUGGAUGUCUUCACACCUGGCCUGUGGAUGUCUUCACACCUGGCCUGUGGAUGUCUUCACACCUGGCCUGUGCAUGUCUUCACACCUGGCCUGUGGAUGUCUUCACACCUGGCCUGUGGAUGUCUUCACACCUGGCCUGUGCAUGUCUUCACACCUGGCCUGUGGAUGUCUUCACACCUGGCAAGCAGAUGUCUUCACACCUAGCCUGUGGAUGUCUUCACACCUGGCAAGCAGAUGUCUUCACACCUAGCCUGUGGAUGUCUUCACACCUUGCCUGUGGAUGUCUUCACACCUGGCCUGUGGAUGUCUUCACACCUGGCCUGUGGAUGUCUUCACACCUGGCAUGUGGAUGUCUUCACACCCGGCAAGCAGAUGUCUUCACACCUGGCAAGCAGAUGUCUUCGAACCUGGCAAGCAAAUGUCUUCACUCCUGGCCUGUGGAUGUCUUCACACCUGGCCUGUGCAUGUCUUCACACCUGGCCUGUGGAUGUCUUCACACCUGGCCUGUGGAUGUCUUCACACCUGGCCUGUGGAUGUCUUCACACCUAGCCUGUGCAUGUCUUCACACCUGGCCUGUGGAUGUCUUCACACCUGGCAUGCGGAUGUCUUCACACCUGGCAUGCGGAUGGUGUAUUGUAUUGUUGAUGCAUAUUGCUUUUGAUAAGUUAGUGUUCCAUCAUUCGUUUAUUGUUUCAAGUAACUAUUUGUUAUCCUCAACAAUGUAACCCUUUAAGUCUGCUUUCUGUCGUGUUCAGUUCCAGGAUGUGGCACUCUACUGAAGCACUACAUGGUGUAGAAAGCUUCAAUGACACACAAGCAUUCAUUCCAUUAACUGUAACUAUGGUAACAUGCAUUCUAAAUCCAAAACACUUUUUUUUCUUCAAAUUGUUUUUGUUUAAAGAAACAGAACCAAGAUUUUAUUUGACCUACCUGUCAGGUGAACAGAUUUGAAUGUGUUUAUUGCUGCAGUUUGCAUACUACACCUACAAUGAGGAACUGCCCAGGGCCCGUCAGGAAUCAGGGGACUUCUGCCAAGGUUAGGACAAGGACUGGUUCAAUUUCAUUCUUCAUUCAGAUUGGGCGGUGGGGUAGCCUUCGCUCGUCAUGCUGAAAACCUGGGUUCGAUUCCCUGCAUGGUUACAAUGUAUGAAACCCAUUUCUGAUGUCCAUAGCCGUGAUAUUGCUGGAAUAUUGCUUAAACCAUGUUAAACCACACCGACUCACUCACUCACUUCAAACAGAUGAGUUUUACCAACAUCUAAGAUCUGUACAACAUUGACCUUUUCCUAUACUGAUAUGCUAUGACUUAUCCUCACUCCACACUUCACUAUAUCUGUCUAGAACUGAUAAAACAGACAAAUGCUUUCUUACUUUGCAAAGAGUUCUGAUAUUUAACCACAAAGCUGCAUUCCCAAUACGGAAGAGAGUAUGUUGUUUUUGUUUAGCACUGCAGGAAGAGCUGAACUCCUGUACAGUUUCACAUGUUCCCUAUACAUCGGCUUACUUCCUCAUCACUCAUGGUUCUAAAAGGUAUUGGAUCAAUGGCUAUGGUUGAAUACUAUUAGGUGGUUGAAAGGGUUGUACUUGAUGGUCUUUACAGGACAUAAACACUUUUCGCUUGUCAGUUGAGGGGACCUGGUGUAUCAGAAUGUUCGCAUCAAGUUCAAAAUGAGGAUUGUGAGUAAUAUUUCAUUUUGAUGUAUUUGUUAGAAGAGGAUAUGUGUCACCAAAUUGUAUAAGGCGAUGCAAUUUGCUAUGCAGAGUUGCAUCCCUUUGCUACGUCAGAAACCUAUGAUCAUGGUUUCAAAUUCCAGACUGGACUGGAGCUUUUCUAGGUUUCUGUCAGUCCUAUACCUGUGAUCUCAGCUCAGUGCAUCACGUUCCUCCCACAUGAAGCUGACAUGCCAUGAUAAAACUGAAAUCCUGUUCAGGUCAAACUUGCUCACUCACUCUUAGUAAACUAUUGAUUUGAAGUGAGGUCUGAGUGUUAAGUGGUGGUGGUAACCUACCUGGAUGUAUUCGCUGCACUGUGGUCUUGGCAUGAGUUGGCUGAUGGAUCUGUCUGUCAUUGGUUGGAUUCCAUCAUGAUCCUUGGUUUGCCAGCACCACACCCAUGACCAAGUGGUAAACUUCUCUGACCUGUGUCUGUUUGGACCAUAUGCCCACAUUAAUCUGACAGCGAUAUAACUAUUCACUUUGUGUCAAACCAGUCUUGCUCACAUAGGGUGCAAUUUGAAUGCAGCAAUAAAACAAGAAAAAUUUGCUUUUGCCAAACUAUUUUAUCACUCCUAUCAACAUUACUGACUUAAUUGCAAGAAUAAGCAUCUCUGCUUUGACUUAAAUAUGAUGUGAUCAUUACUAUCUAAUGUCUGUCUACAACACUAGCCCUCUGGAAGGCUCACACCCCGUUUCAGCUGCUGCUCCAGUUGACCUAUUGUACAACGUAGGGUUAUGUUUAACAUGUGCCUCAACUUCUGGGAAGAGUUAGGGGUAAUCGUGUAAGAACAUGUGAUCUCCAAAGAGAAGAAGUGCAAAGCAGAUCUGACCUAGUUGCUGUGUCUGGUACACUUGCCCCACUGAGGAGAGAAAUGGACAUGGUGAUGUCACUGAUGCCACUGGGUCCAGGGCAUUUAUCACAGCAGAAUGGAGAUAUGAUACACUCCAAAAUCAAAGAUUUUCUCAAAGUGAUGUCAAACCUUACUGACUGAACAAAGUGACAUGUUGAACAUAGCCCUGGUAGCCAUGCUGUGGGGUGUGAUCAUGGCCCCUUGCUAGUAGUGAUGUUAUCAUCGAUGUUAGAUAUACAUGUACUGCAUUUAUUUAUAAUUUAUUUCUUCAUGGACAAUUGUUGUUUUAGCCACCUUGCUUUCUGAAGUCUUUCAAUUCAACAUGCAAUGUUGAUUUUAUGAACUUGUUGACAAUAACAUAUUGCAGUGACCGUGUUUGCCACACAUAGUUCACUUUUACUAGUUGUCCCUAUCAUCCCUGUGUUGAGGAAAUAGCAAGAUUGUCAUGUACAGGUACAAAUGUAGUCUCUCAAUUCUGUGGACAAAUAGCAGUUGUAGAGAAAGUAGUGAUUUGAGUAGCUCUCUGUUCUGCUACGUGUUCUUGACACUGUUAGUGUGACCAUCAACCUGUGUUUGAAUAUCACACCAUGGUCUGUGAAUAAAACUAUUACAAUCUC